GAUUCCAUUUUUUGCUGAGUCUGAAGGAAAUGGUACUGUCAUCACAGUUACGGCCAGAGAGAACACAACGCACCCAGCAGAAGAAAACAAUCAAAACUCUCCCAGCAAUCAUCCACCGCUUCCCCUGAUAAUCUCCGUGGCUGUAGUGGUUCCAUUGCUCCUCAUUGCUCUCGUCUGUUUCUGCUCUCUGCGAAGGAGACAAGCACAAGCAGCCAGGGUAAUCUACGAAGUUCCCCAUACUGAUUCUGAGGUGGGAGAAAUGGACAAACACAGUACCACUUCCUCCAGAGGCUCUUCUCAGUGGUGUCAGGUACCAGUGUAUGAAUCCUUCGAUUACUUUGAACGUGUGCAGACCAAAGAGUGAAGAUCCUCAUCGUCCAGGAUUUUCUUUCCCUACUUCGCAGCAUGUGUAUCUUGUGCGUUCAUUAUACCUUUGCCUGAAUUAUGUAAAUGAUUUUAUAUGAGUGUAAAUAUUUUGUAUUUUUUCUAUAAACUAAGUCUCAUCCA